AUGUCCGCGCGGCCGCCGAAGCCCGCAACUUUGACUCCGCCAGGCUGCCGCCCCGCUGGUGGCAGGUGCCGCUGGGGAGGGUGCCCGGGCGCCUCGGAAGCCGUGCAGGACGGUCGGCGGCGCCGGAUCAGCGCUGCGGAGCUAGCUUUCUACUUGCGGGCGCUGGCCGUGCGCUUUACCGACGGAAGCCUCCGCUACCUGUGGCUUCGGGCGCCGGCUACCAACCGUCGGCCAUUGAGAGCCCAGCCUCGGGGGGCGCUGGGCCGGGCAGAGGACGCUUUUUCCAUCGCUUUGGGGCUGGCCAAGCCCGGGCGUGCGGUUGGCCGGAGGGCGGCCGCAAGCAGCGCCGGCGCUCCUGGCCAAGGGUUUCCUGGGAACAGCAGCGCGCAAGUUGCGCUCGCCAUUCCCCGCCCCGGGAAGGGAGAGCAGGGGCAACGCGCCGGAGCCGUCGGCGGAGCGCCGGGCAGCCCGGGCCCUUCGGCUGGGCUGCGCGGCAAUUCCCCGACCGUGGUGGCGGCUGGGGGACCAGGCGCCCCGGAGCCGGCCAGGCUUUUGGCCGGGAGUUACGAGGGGUGCGGCGCGCUCCGGCUGGUCGCGCUGCGUGAGCAAAGCCAGCGCUUCUCCUCCGGAAGGCGGCGCUCGCCCCAGCAGCCCGGCUCUUCUGCGGCCAAGCGGGGCUGCAUCGGGCGCUCCCUUCCCGGGCAGGUCGGUGGGGUCCCGCCCACACAUACACCCUCGAAGCCGUGGGCCCCUCUCGCCUCCGGCUGGCAGCCCCCAUCGCGGCUAAGGGAUCAGGCGCGCCGCUUGAGCGGCAGGAAAAACCAGUCGGGCGAGCGCAGGGGCUGGCGGCCAGCCAAGGGGCCGGGAGCAAGCAGACAGCAAGGGCCGAGGGGCUCCGAGCUGCUCAGCUCCCGCCUCGGCGCAGCCCAGCCCCGAACGCGGAGGGCGCUUCCAGCCUUCUCUCGGCCUCCCCCCGUGGGGCGGGGGCGGGAGGGAGAGGCCGCCCUCUAUGCCAGGCGCCCUCGGAGCGGCCGCCCCUCUCCGCGGGCCGAAGGCAGGACCUGGCCCCUCCAGGCGUGGCAGGCUUGCACCGCAGCCUCCUUCCUAGAGGUGCGCGGGGGAAGCGUUCGCUUCGGGCGGGCGCUUGGAAGACCGCAGCGCAACUCCGCUGCUCUUUGCAUUUCCAGAACGGGACCGAACCCGCGAGAGGCUUUGUCAGGCUCCGGCGCUUGGUCCGUUGGGUUUGAAGGUUUUGUAACAUCUGAACUGGGGAACAGUUGA